AUGUCGGCCGAAGACCCCCAGCGGACCAGUGCUGGGUCAGCACGCUCAAGCAGUGGCCGAUCACGCCAGAAUCCGCAACAGCAGCUCUCGACCAUCGAGAAAUCCGUCACCCACCUCCUCGUCGCAACCAAGCAGCUCCUGGAAACCCUGACCAUGUGGUCUCGCGGCAGCGCCCACGAAUCCGAGGUCAGCGACGUCUACGUCCGAUUAGGCUACGAGUUCAACAUAGCGUGUCGAGCUUUCAAUGCCAUUGGCGUGGACACGGGCGAUUUAGGACCAGUACCGGAUCUGCUGAGGUCCAUCUUGGAGGAUACACUGAGUCAGGAAGCGAGCCAGGCGAGUCUGGACAGGUUUCUGCCGCGCAUAAGAGAUAUCAUCAUUAAUUUGCUGCAUGGGUUGAAGAAGAAACAGCAGAGGUUGCGACAGAAGAAUGCUGCGGGAGGGAGUACGAGUGGGGAUGUGCGACCGCCGAGGCAGGCUAGUACGGCGAGCAAUAUGAGUGUGGAGAGUAGUCUGACGCAGCAGCUGGAAGAUAUCCCAAACAGGCAGUCGAGCAGCAGAUCGUUCGCGCAGAGGCAAGGAAGCGGUGAUAUGGGCCGACCUGAUUUACCUCCUCGCACGACCAGCACAACCGGUGGACGAUCUUCACCACGCCGAGCACAAUUGAGCCCGCAGAACAGCAUGCACGAGGCCAUCAACAGAGACAUCAUGGCAUCUUCGAACUCGGACUCUUCGCUUUCCAGCAACACCAUGCAGAAUAUCCCAGUCAUCGCACCAUAUCCCGAGACUGACACCAUACCCACAAACUCUGGUUACGAGCCGGGAGAAGCAUCGCCAGAUCCGCCACGACCGCCACCCAAGCAGAAUGAUGCGCUUACCGCUUUGCAACGAGGUGGCGAUUUGGAGCGCAGAGCCUCACGCAGAUUCUCGGCCUAUCAGAUACAGAAGCAUCUUGGUGGUACUAUGAAUGGCACUGGAAUCAUCCCACCAGCACAGCACUCGCCAUUGCCGAAUAGAGGUCGGGAUGUACGCGAGUCGAUGAGCGCCGUUCGAUCGAGAGCAAGUGUGCAUAACCGAGCACGAUCACGACAUGAGAAAGCCUACGAACCGUCGCCGAACCGAUCGAAUGAUGUGAGGAGGAUAUCGGAAGAGCCCUCUGAGCUACCUGCGUUGCCGACACCUUCUGCGCCGUCUCUGCCACCACCUAGCACUAAUAAUGACCCGUUGGACAGUCCGAUGGUCAAGACGCCAGAAGAUAAGCUUGGCGAGUAUCCUUUCCCGAGAGGUCGGGAGUCGCAUAAGCUCGAGGCAACCCUCAAUGGAGCUAUGGAUGAGCCUUUUGUCGAUCAUCAAAGCUUCACACCUAUAGAGACGAAGGCGGAACGAGAACCAGAGAAAGCUGGCCCACGUGCCGCAAGAUAUGAUACGCCACCACACUCGCAAUUCAUUCCUGACGGAUCACCUCAAGCUGGGAAAGAGCUCACGCUUUUCUUGCAGUAUAAGAGCAAGAUCAAGCGAUAUGUACUCGACGGUGGCGAGCUUAGCAUCCCCCGACUUCAACUCGCGUUUAUUGAAAAGUUCGCCUGGAAUACUCACAACAAUGGUGUCGAUCUGCCGGAGAUUUACAUCCAGGAUUCGGUGUCUGGAGUACGAUACGAGCUCGAUGGCGUGAACGAUAUCAAGGACCGAAGUGUCCUAGUCCUCAACGUCGAGCAACUAGAUGAAGUAAAACGACACAUCGACGACGGCAUCGGCGGUCUACGCCGCAUCGUCGAGGGCAUCAAAGCCGGAAUGGAAGACCAACAAUCCGCCCUCAAACUCGUCAGCGACCGCCAACAGGACACCGCGAAAGAACUAGCCGGUAUCGCCGCCUUACCACAAACCCCCACCACCACCACAAUCCCCUCCCGAACCGCCUCCGGCGCAAGCCACACCCGCAGCAUCUCCGUCAAAGACAAAUCCACCCAACUAGAAGAAGUCCGCACACUCCGCCGCGACCUCGCCGUCGUGCGUCAAACCUACAAUUCCUUCGUCUCCGACAUGAACGCCUCCAUGACCACCAUCCGCUCCAAAGCGACCAAUGUGAAGAAAGCCGCCGCGGCCGCCACAGUCCCGGAUCUCGAUAGCAACACCGGCCGCGCCUACGUCAACAAAGGCAAAACCCAACUCUCGGCCGACAGCGAAAAAAUCGUCAAUCGCGUCGACGACCUGCAAGAUCUCGUCGAGGACCUCCGCAAGGAUGUCGUGACCCGCGGUGUGCGCCCCUUACCCCGGCAACUCGAGAGCGUGAGUAAAGAUGUCAGUCACGCUACAUCUGAACUCAAAAAGCUGCAGGAGUUCCUGCGGAAGGAGAAGCCGGUGUGGACGAAGAUCUGGGAGAAGGAGUUGCAGGUUGUGUGUGAUGAGCGGGAAUUAUUGACGAUGCAGGAGGAGUUGGCGGCGGAUUUGGAAGAUGAUUUGGAGAAGGCGGCUGUGACGUUUGGGUUGGUGGAGCAGGCUACUAAGCAGCAGAAUUUGCAUAAACCGGAUGGAGUGAAUCCGGUGGGUUUGCAGGGGGAUGGGUCGCGGUCGAGUUCGAGGAAUCUGAAGCCGCUCAAUUUGGAUUUUGGGGCGGGCGGGAGGGAUCCGAAGAUGGCGCAUGAUGGUGUUUUGGGGGAGGUGAGGGCGCUGGAGCCGAACCAUGAGGAUCGGUUGGAGGCGAUUGAGCGGGCGGAGAAGGCGAGGCAGCGGGAGUUGGAAAGUAGGAAGGAAGGGGAGUUUCAGAGGGAACUGGGGUCUUUUGUUGAAGAAGGGAAGUUGAAGAAAAGUGGGGGGGUGGAGGAGGUGGAGCGGUUGAGGAAGUCGAGGGAGGAGGCUACGAGGAGGGAGGUUCAUCGGAAUUUGGUUGAGAGGGAGAGGGUUAAGGCUGAGAAGGCGGCGGAGAAGGCGGCGGUGGGUGCUGCGGAGAGUGCUGGGGUUGGUGCGCUUUCGGUCCCGGGACGAGAUGAAAGGGAGAGGGAGAGCAGUGAUGGGGAGGGGUUUGUGGAUGCUAAGGAGGAUGUUGGCACGCCUAGUGGUAGGGAGUCUGGUCCUUGA